AAAAGCCCCGCCCCUCGACCGGCCGCAGCGGGUAAGGCGGUCGCAGCGCAGCGCGGCGGCGGAUUGGACGACUGGGUAGGGUUCCUGGAGUCGCGUUUGACUCAUCGGUUCCGCGGCGUCGGCGCUUGUUGUGUGCGUCACUUCCGGGUGGCGCGGGACGGAGUGGCCAACGGUCUGCAAAGCAACAUGCCUAAGUUUUAUUGUGACUACUGCGACACAUACCUCACCCACGACUCUCCAUCUGUGAGAAAGACACACUGCAGUGGUAGGAAACACAAAGAGAAUGUGAAAGACUACUAUCAGAAAUGGAUGGAAGAGCAAGCCCAGAGCCUGAUCGACAAAACAACUGCUGCAUUUCAGCAAGGAAAGAUUCCUCCUACUCCAUUCUCUGCUCCUCCUCCUGCAGGGGCGAUGAUUCCACCUCCCCCUAGUCUCCCGGGUCCUCCUCGCCCUGGUAUGAUGCCAGCACCCCAUAUGGGGGGCCCUCCCAUGAUGCCAAUGAUGGGCCCUCCUCCUCCUGGGAUGAUGCCAGUGGGACCUGCUCCUGGAAUGAGGCCGCCUAUGGGAGGCCACAUGCCAAUGAUGCCUGGGCCCCCAAUGAUGAGACCUCCCGCCCGUCCCAUGAUGGUACCCACUCGGCCAGGAAUGACUCGACCAGACAGAUAAGGAGAGACAGGAACCUCUUUAUAUCCAUUUUAUAUUACUUGUUCUUCACCAGGAGAUCAUGGUGCUGUGACUCUGGGUGUUUUCUAACAGCAUGACAAGGAAGACUUGCUCCCCCUUCCUAUCAAACAGAGAAUAGUUUUUGCAAGGGAGUAGUGGGACAAAAAAAAAAAAGCAAUUUCCAUUUGUAUCGUGAAAUGUGAAAAUAAAAUUGUCAACUGUUUUAGUUAAAAAUGUGUUCCCUUUUUUCUCCCCUCUGUAUUCCUUGUGCAUCAUAAAAGAGAUGAGUAUUCCAGUUGUAUUUCUCUAACUCAUUCUCUCUUUAGCAUGCCCUCUUCUGCAUGACAUUUUUUCCCCCUUAGCUAUGGAGUGAGUCCCUUUGGACACCCUGCCUUUAUUUAGUAAAGUUUUCAUGUGCAAGAUUUGGUAAAUCUAACACUUGUAGAGCUUUUUGUUGAUUAAAAUAAUAAAUAGCACAAUUGGUUACUUUUUCACAUGAACAGCAUUUGGGGUAGUAAGUGGAAAAUUUUAAGUCUUCUGCUGAAGUAGGGAAAAAGACUUUUCAGUGUGUGCAUGUCAGCUAAAGAUGGCAAGAAUGGCCUUAACCUCAGCUUCUCGUUUCUCUUAGUUCCUCUUUUUCAUGGGUUUCAAUAAUCAGAAAACUUUCUAAUAGCCAUGGUAAAAUUAUGCAGAUUUCCAUGGUACAGAAGUUGUCUACAGAAUGUCAUUUGUUAUAUCACUGGGCUACUAAGUGGGAUAUUUUCAGAGCAACAUUUAGAAAGUAAGUCAUUGGCUGUUCGUAUUCAGUUUGAUGUAAAAUCUGAACUGCUAUUUCGCAUUGCAAAUGGGAAUAAAAAUUGUAAUCUUUGGGGAGGGCAGUUUAGCAAUAUCUAUCAAAAUUACCUUUGAUUUAACAUUUCCAUGCCUAGGAAUUUAUUCUACAGAUAGACUGGCGUAUGUACAAAAUAACAUGUACAAGAUUAUGAGUUGUAGCAAAAGAUUGGCAAUAACAUACGUGUCCAUCGAAGGGGCCUGAUUUAUCAAGUAUGAUAAAUCUACCAAAUGGCAUAUACUAGGCAUGUUAAAAUAGAAUAAAGAAGCUCUCUGUGGGGAAAGAUCUCCAAGAUACACAUUGUUUUGAACCUUGAUUUGUUCAAAAUGUAUUAUUCACUGCUGUUCUUAUUUAAAGGAAAUAUCUAUGUACGUGUGUACGCAUAAAGGAUCUUUGGAAGGACAUAAAAGCAACUGGUAAUACUGGUUGCCACUGAAGAGUAGGUGGGUGGCUGGGGGACGGGGAUGAGUGAGAAAGGCUUGUCAUCUUUUUGUAUCUUUUGGAUUUUGAAUCAUGACAUGUAAAACAAAACGGGGGGCUCCUGGGUGGCUCAGUUGGUUAAGUGUCCAACUUCUGCUCAGGUCACGAUCUCAUGGUUCGUAGGUUCAAGCCCCGUGUUGGGCUCUGUGCUGACACCUCAACCUGGAGCCUGCUUUUGAUUCUGUGUUUUCCUCUUUCUUUGCUCCUCCCCUGCUUAUGCUCUCUCUCUGUCUCUGUCUCUCAAAAAUAAAUAAACAUUGGAAAAAAUAAAACUAUCUUUGCCAUCUGA